AUGAAUUAAUUUUCUAACUAAUAUUUAUAAGGAACUCUACGGAAGUAUGUUCGCCUCUUCGUUAGCACCGAACAAAAGAAGUUUAUAGCAACAGUUGAUGCAUUUGAAUAAGUAAUCAAAUUUUAUUAUUUAAGAACCUUUCGGAAUAGAUAGCUAAUUCUUAUGCCUGCGCAUGUGAAUAAUUCCAAUCUGAAACAUGCUCAAACAAAUACUUAGUGACUAAUAUUCGAUAAAAUGGAUUUAGUGUAAUUAUUCCUAAAGAGUUAAAUAUUGGUUAAGUUUUAAAUGAUCAAUCAUAUAUCACAUGUAAGAUUUGCAAGGAAAAAAAUAAAAAUAAGAAAAUGAACAAUUAUCAAAAUUCUGAUAAGAAAACUAAAAAGACUCUAAAAGAAUAGGAGAAAAUAGAACUUAAUCUUCCAGAUAUAUCUCCUCCUAAGAUUUUAAUUUAAAGCAAUGUACCUUUAACAGAAAAAAGAGAAGAAAAAAAUUAAGGAAACCAAAAAAAGAAAAACAAAAGAAAAAAGAAAAAAAAUUAAUAAAAUCAAAACAAAUCUAAAUAGAAAAUAGAUGGAAUACAACAAAAUAAUUCAAUUGAGCAAAAUAUGUUUGAUGAUAUAAUUUAAGGUGUUUCAUAGUAAAAAGAGAAAGUGCUGGAUAAAAAUUAAAAAAACUAAGUUUAAUUAGCUUAAAAUAUCGACUUAAAUUAAAGAAUAGACAAUAUUUAUUGUGAUGAUUUGAUAUCACAUACUAAAGAUACAAAUUAAUAAGUUAAAAAUAUUAAUAUCAUUUUGCAGGAUAAAAUGAGAAAUGAUUAAAAAUUAAAUUAGGAACUUGCAGAAAAAUCAGAGGCUAAUAAUAAAAAAAACAAUUUAUAAGUUAAUAAUAAUAUAGUGAUAAGCAAUGAAAGUAAUCUAUUAUUAAAGGAUACAUUAGAUUACUUUUAAGACUCUUUGAAUAAUUCAAAAGAAAUGCCUAAAGUUCCUAAUUCUUCCUUUCAAGCUAACAUUGAGCAUACUACUAAAUACAAAAAGUAAAAGCAAAAUCAAAAUAAUCUGAAGUAAUAAUAAUAGUAAUCAACUGGGUAAGAAAAAUCAUAAUAACAAAAUAUUUAAUUAUCAAAACACAAGAGAGAGAAUUAAAAUGUAAAUUAAAAUGCUAAUCAAAGUAAUAAUAAUAUUCCUUAAAAUAAUACUAAGCAAAAUAAAAAGAAAGGUAAAAAUGAUAAUAUCUGA